UCCAGUCUGUCAGACGUCGCUUUGAAUGUUCCGAACUGCCCUAAAAAGAUUUCAGAAGAAAUGGAAAUCAUACAGACACAGAUUUGUGCCUUGGGUUGUACUGAACCUGUCUAAAAACGAGAAAACGCUGCGACAGGUGACGGAGCGCUCGAAAGACAAACUAGUCCCAGAUGCAGAGGUUUCACGGAGCCUGCUGAAGCUUUUCAGAGUACUGCUGAGGAGUCAUGGGGCUAAUCACUGGGAUCUCCGUGCGGCUCAAACUCACUUUCACAGACAGGUAACAAGUGAAGAAGAGCAGUAUGAAGGAAAUCCAGCGUUUGGGUAUGAUGCCAUGUUACAGACUCUCGGAUUCUGCAUUGACCGGCAGCCUAGCACUUUGCCCUUUGCAGGAAGUGGAGUGUUUGUCACCAAGGGAUUUGUACCCAAAGGAGCUACAGUUGCCAUGUACCCUGGCACAGUCUAUCAAGCCUAUGAGCCUAUUCUUCUCCAGUCCAUUAGAAACCCUUUUGUAUUCAGGUGUAUUGAUGGUGUCUUGAUCGAUGGAAAUGACAAAGGCAUCUCCAAAAUGGUGUUCAAGUCCUGCAGUGGCAGGGACAGAAUAGGACCCUUCAUGAUGAGUGACACCAGCUGGCUGACAGCCACUCCACAAAACCCACUUGCUGUGGGCCAGUAUGUGAACAACUGCUCUAACGAGUAUCCAGCUAAUGUGUGCUACCAGGAAUAUGACGUGCCAGACAAGUUUCCUAUCGAGCUCCACCAGUAUCUCCCUAAUGUCAACUACAGCCAGGACACACAGAGGCCUCUCCGGUGUGUUGUCCUUGUUUCACUCAGAGAAAUUAAAGCAGGGGAGGAACUCUUCUCCAACUACUACACCAUUGUGCAUUAGAAUUGAAAUAUACUCCAUUGUUCUGCUUUGGUGUCAGAACAUAAGAGAAUGAACAUUUUUGAAAUUCAAACAACAUUGUUAUCAUUGUUUGUAUUUAAUGGCAAAACCACUCAUUUUUAAAAACGUUUUCUUUGUACAUUCAGCAAUGCUUAUUAACAAGUAAGAGCAAAAUAUGUCUUGUAUGGUUUGUUGUAAUAGGCAAGGAACAAAACUGGUGUUAUUUGUUUUGAAGCAUAAUGCAAGAAUAUACAGAAAUAUCGAAGAUUAGUUGAGCCAGGCCACAUAAGAUAUAUAGUAUAGUAUAUGCCAGACCUGAGCACAUGACAGAAGAGGUAUUCAGAUCUUUUAUUACAGUAAAAGUAGCAAUACUGCAUUCAAAAUGUUAUAUGAGUAAAAUACAAAU